AUGUCAAAAGAAAGACAACCUACCCCUGAACAUAUUAAAGAAAAAUAUAAAACACUACCUCCUGAAGUUAUUAAAAGUAAAGAGGAUAAAGAAAAAAGACAACGAAAUAAAAGAGCUGCUAAAAAAAGAUAUUAUGAUAAACUAAAAAAACAGGCUGAAGAACAAGGACCUUCAACUAGAACAAGAUCUAAAAUUUUUCCAAUAUCAUCAAGAACAAGAUCACAAACAGUAGAAAGUGCUAGAUUAAGACAAAAAAGACAUAGAGCUUCUAUAGAUACAGAUAAAAAAGAAAAAAUAAAAAAAA